AUGGCAACAAAAUCUCUCUCUCAGACGUCAAUUAAUAAGAUUGAUUUGAGAGGGGAGUGGGAUGGUGAUCCAACAAGUCAUGUCAUCCUCCAUGCGAAGAUUGAGUUCGUACCCGCGCCAAAUACGAAACUUCGUCUUCUUGACUUGAGCAAUGAGGGCAUUGAGUUGCUAAAGUUUGAUGGCCCAGCUAAAAUUGGGGGGGAAAUUAGCAUCUUGCCUCGCUUGCCUGUGGAGGACUUUGAUGAAACACCACGGUCCUUAUACAAGAAGGGAAUGGAUUUAUCACCCCUCCCUACGAAAAGGAGACUGUUCCCCCCAAGCCCAACAAGCACUGCCAGUGAAAUGAUCCCUCCAUUUGAUGAUAUGAGCUCAGGACUAGAGGACCCAUGUUUGCCUCUGGGUGAUUACGCAGACGAAGAUUACGACGGUGGAGAUAGCAGAAGCCCUAACGCUUCAGCUACGAGCAUUUCGGAACACAAUGAGGAUCAUUCCGCUACUAAAGGCUUCGAUGUCGAUCGAGCAGAAUGUGGAGAGGCACACGCUGAAAUGGGUGCCAGGGUAUCUGAGUUGAAAGAUGGUUCUGUUAUCACUGACCUUUCCACAACGGGAACUGAUUGCGAUAGUGGAAGAAAGGGAAUUUCUACUCGAGCAGUGAGUGAUGCAUUUAGGCAGAUGAAGUCAUCAAUAAUCUCGGUUUCUAUCAGCCCGAAGAUGGUAAAAGGACCUUCGAGCAAAAUUCCUGUUAGAGCAACAAGUCUGUCAAGGCCAUCCGGGAUAACUGACGAGCUAUUGCAUCCGUCGGAACCUGACGAGGAUAGCUCGAAAAUUGCGUCUGCUUUCCCACCAAAAUCAGAAAACCCUCAGUCUGGUGGGAUGUAUAUCCCUCGAGAUCCUAGACCGUCUCUUAUACCGACUACUUCCAGAAACGAACAAUUCUCUCCUGUAAGGCUUUUGAAUACAUUGCCCUCUGUAUUGAACAAACACAGGGCAGACCUAGGGCCUCAGCAAUUGCCUAAAUUGUCUAGCCGGGAAGUUUCACAUGAACCAGGAAAGCAGCCUGUCUUUUUUGCUCCUAAUUCUUUUCCGCGGCCUGGCCCGCGGGGAUCCCGUCGAUCUGAGCAACUUGCUCUGAAGAGUGGCGCUGCUAUUACUCAGAAUGCUGGCGAAAAAAUGGAGAAAUCGAAAUACGUAUCAACAUGGCUGGAGGAGAGUGAGGAUAUAGUAUCCACUGAGGUCCCUCAUUCCCCGCUUAUCUACUCUGAUGCAAGGGUGAUUCAAGCUGGGAAAGACCAGAAAGAAAACAAUCCCACAUUUACUGAGAGCAAGGAUAAUAUUGACAAGCCAAUGAAGUUGCCAAGUCCUUCUCCCUCAUCUCAACUUGACAUGCCAUGGAGUUCGGCGGACGAGUUAGCAAAGAAAUGGGCCGUUGAUGAUAAUCUCGGUGCAAAAUCUACUAUCCCAGUCCCAGAGCUUGUCAUAGUGGAGGAAAUCUGCCGGGAUUUCUAUAUUCUAUCUGCAAAGUCUGCUGGAAAAGCCAUGUUUAUCAUUGAAUUUGAUAUGAAAAUAACGCUGGGACCCGCGCAACCGGGCGGGUGGCAACUUCUGAAGAUACCAGGUCUUCCUGUCGACCAAUACGGGAAGGGAACCUUAAAGUUAGAAAUCCCCCACGGCUUAACGAAGAAAAGGCUGGACUGCGAAAGUGAUUGUUUACUAUAUUUGGAACGCAUCGACACAGGUUGUAUUGCAGAUUUCAAUUUAGCAAAACCAUUGGUUGUGUCUCUGCGAGCGGUGGAGCUUUUGACAAGCGAGUCUCGUGAUAAUCGCGUAUUAAACUAUGAAACCAGCGUAACUCUAAACCGUCGCAGAAAGCUUGGUACAAGCGUCAUUGUGGAGUAUACCGCUGUAUGUGUAUUGUCUUUAUAUCAGAAGAGUGUCUCCGCUGAAGAAGGGGCCAUUGAUGUUAUUAUUAGUGAUGGGCCCGGAGGUUAUUUCGAAUGGACAAUGGAGAAUGGCAAUAGGGACUUCCGUAUUGACCAGAAGCCCGUGAAUGCUAGUGACAUUGGGACAACGAAGGUUAGGAUUUUCUGCCAGGAAAAUGAUCUUGACCGGUGCUUUCGUAUAACCUGGGACAUUCCCUACUGGCCAUCCUUUUCACCAACGUGGACUCCAAAGCUCUUUUACGAGAAACCUGAGACGCAGGCGGAAUAUGUUCCCUCAUUACGUGGCCGGUGGGGAAUAGGCGUUUCAGGAGGCCGGGCGAUCGAAGAAGUGGGGAUAGGAGAAUCUGAAUCAUUUAACAUGAAAGGAAUUAUGGAGAAAUUCGAGACAGGAGACUUUGGGGACUGGGGAUAUUUGGGCUUGCCAACUUUUGAAACGAGAAGCACGACAUACUGGAUUGUCCAUCAGAUGAUUCGAAUUGUCAUAUUUUCCAUGGUAUUUUGCCAGAAGUUGGGUCUUCUUAUUCAAAUUCUCUGCGGUUAUGUCCCAAAGACCCCCAUGAAGGUGCUUCUAGCAUUCUUCGCCGUUCACACAACGGUUGUCAUUAAAUAUCAGCUUGGCCGCCUAAGUGUUGAAGGUUGUACCGGUCAAACCGCAUGUCAUGAGCUAGAGUGUGUCCAGAGCGAGCCUCGUCCAGGUGACUUCGGCUGGUUUUCUUGGGAGAAAUCCUUCAUUGUAGACAGGGGACUGUUUGCACAUGUAACCAAUGUUGUUAUUGUUGGAGGUGCAGGAGAGGUUACUCUUAUGGAGCCUGAAAAUGACAGUAGCGGAGUGGAAUAUCCAGGGAGAGAAGGAGGACUGCAAAUUGAGGAUACAACUCAAAUCGACUGCCAAAUCAGCACUCCUUCAGUCAGCAUCAGUAUAGUCGUUGCGGGAAAGGGCGAAAAUAAUCUUGCAUCAUCCUCCACCUUGGAGCUACCCUUAGCUACGCCAAAUAGAAAGCCAAAGAAUAAUUCCACAGUCUCAGAACCCACUGCUAAUCCAAGCAGAAUGAGAUUGUCACUGCGGGAUCGAAUUGAUAGGUUUCUGGGCUGGAAAGGUCCGUUGGAGUGA